AUGGCGUUCUACAAUGGCUUGGUGGUCUUUGCCGCCAGUAAUCCAUUUACCGCAGGUUUGGCCUUGGCCAUCGCCGCUCUGGUAGCUUAUGAAGCCUAUCUGAUCCUCUGGCACCCCCUUGCGCGCAUUCCGGGACCGCUGGUGGCCAAAAUCUCUCCCUUUUGGUUGCUUUACCAUUGCUACAUUGGAGACGAACUCACCACCGUCCGUCGACUCCACUUUGAAUACGGUCCGGUCGUUCGAAUCUCUUCGUCCAAGGUUGACAUCUCGGACGCCGACGCGAUAGCUCCUCUGUACAUCACGCAAGGUGGCUUCCUGAAAGACCGUUGCUACGAGAAUUUCGCCAUUGAUGGCCAUUUGACCAUUUUCUCCACGGUGGAUAUGGCCAAGAGAGCGCCCCGGGUCAAGGCCGUCAUGCCUCUCUUCUCGACCAGCGCCAUACGAGCAAGCACCAGCAAACUCUACGGGUGUUGCGACCAGUUCAUCCUGCGGCUGAAAAACGAAAUAAACAGCGGGCAACCAGUCAAUAUCCUCAACACAGGACGGUCGCUGGCGAUCGACCUGGUGACCACGCACUUGCUCCAGCACAACUAUGACGGCACACACGAGAAGGAGCUUCCACGGUUGAGCGCCAGUGCGUUCGUGGAUUCGAUCAUCGCCGUCGGGCGAUUCUUCUAUCUGCCGCCAGAAGUGUUCAAGGCCUUGACGUGGACGAUCAGGAAGAUCAUGCCAACCGACCACAUAAAAACUAGCAGUGACAUGAUGGAUCAGUUCAUCAACCUCAUCUUGGCGAACACAAAGAAGGGAGAUGCAACUUAUGCAGGGAGACUGAUGGAUACAGAUAUAUCAGUGGGCGAGCUUCGGGCACAGGUCAAGGACUUGAUGCUUGCGGGGACCGAUUCCACGGGCACCAAUAUUGGCUAUCUGGUACGAGCUUUGGUGAUGGACCAGUCAAAACUCACGAUCCUCGAAAAGGAACUCGAAGAGAACAAGAAGUCAGCAAAUCCCGUGGACAUCCAAAGCCUGCCCUAUCUCUCUGGAGCGGUCAAGGAGUCCUUCCGCCUCAGCAUGGCCAGUUCCGGCCGUCUCCCUCGCCAGAUGCCGCCUGGCGGCUGGACAUUCAAAGGCCAUUAUUUCCCGCCCGGUGUCGAGGUAGGAUGUACUGCGUUUGUGAUGGGGUUGGAUCCCGACGUUUUCCCCGAGCCCGAGAAGUUCAAGCCCGAGCGCUGGAGCACGGCAGACGACGCCCAUCGGGAACAGAUGCACAAGCAAUUCUUCCCGUUUGGCGUCGGCAGCCGCAUGUGCAUCGCUCGGAACUUGGCCACAUCGAACCUGCACAUGCUUCUUGAGAAGUUGGUCGAAAGUAGGGUUUUGCACGGGGCGAAAAUGUGCCAGGAGGAACUGGAGUGGCACGAAUGGUUCAACGUGCACAUCAAAGGAGACAAGAUUCUUCUUGAAUGGCCCGAGGGCUUGAAAUGCUAG